GGCGCUUUGCCACUUGUACCCGAGUUGUUGAUCCUCAAGAUGUCCGAGACUGCUCCUGUCGCUCCCGCUGCCGCGCCUCCGGCGGAGAAAGUCCCCGUAAAGAAGAAGACAGCCAAGAAGUCUGGGGGGCCGCCUCGUAAGGCAUCUGGUCCCCCGGUGUCAGAGCUCAUCACCAAGGCGGUGGCAGCCUCUAAAGAGCGCAGCGGGGUUUCUCUUGCUGCUUUGAAAAAAGCGUUGGCUGCCGCCGGCUAUGAUGUGGAGAAAAAUAACAGCCGAAUCAAACUUGGUCUCAAGAGCCUGGUGAGCAAGGGCACUCUGGUGCAGACGAAGGGCACCGGUGCUUCUGGUUCCUUCAAACUCAACAAGAAGGCAGCCUCCGGCGAAGCCAAGCCCAAGGUUAAGAAGGUGGGCGCAGCCAAGCCUAAGAAGCCGGUUGGGGCAGCUAAGAAGCCUAGGAAGGCGACUGGCGCCGCUACCCCGAAGAAGAGCGCUAAGAAAACACCGAAGAAGGCGAAGAAGCCGGCCGCAGCCACUGUGACCAAGAAAGUGGCCAAGAGCCCAAAGAAGGCCAAGGUUGCGAAGCCCAAGAAAGCUGCCAAAAGUGCUGCUAAGUCCGUGAAGCCCAAGGCCGCCAAGCCCAAGGUUGUCAAGCCUAAGAAGGCGGCACCCAAGAAGAAAUAGGUGGACGCCUGCUUCAAAAAACCCAAAAGGCUCUUUUCAGAGCCACCACUGAUCUCAAUAAAAGAGCUGGAUACUUGUUUU